ACGAUGACGUUUUACAUAACCUCAAAAAGUUGAUAACAUAACCUUAAAAAAGAUGAAAGUGAAGUAAAAAUUGGAGAAAAAUACUGAAAUGGAAACAUUUUACAAGCCAAAAAAAAUACCUCCACAAAAUAUAGUAAUUCGGCUGAAUCAGCGGCAAAUAUUUUCGUAUAAAAAGCCCGGCACGCACUUCCAGUCCGCCCGACAAUUUUAUCAAAACAUUGUGCCUAAUUACACUCUAAUAAACAUCGAAAAGCCUCCGUGUUUUUUAAGGAAAUUCAGCCCCGAUGGAAAACAUUUCAUUGCUUUUUCCUGCGACCAGAUGUCCCUGGAAAUUUACGUGUACCAGGGGCCGGCUGCCGCAGCAGACCUACUUCAGAAUUUUAAUGAUCGGAACAAUGAAAAGAAAAAGUUUGAAAUCAACAGUCAAAUCUUUGGUAGAUUCUUUAAGCUAAAACAUGUAGUAAAUGUGGCCAAGGGAAAUGAGCAAUUGAACAGGGAAUGCAGCCUUUUUACAGAUGACAGUAGAUAUGUUAUUGUUGGCUCAGCUUCCUUUAUACCAGAUGAAAUAAGACCACAUUUUUAUGAAAUUUAUACAAACAAUGAAUCGGUAACAUUUGGUCAAAGGUCGCCUUUGGAAGAAUAUACGUUGCAUCUCGUUGAUUUGCACCAGGGAAAACUCUGUGAUACAAGACAAUUUAAAGUAGAUAAGAUAUUUUUAUCCCACAAUCAGGGUUUAUAUUUAUACAAAGAUACGUUGGCAGUAUUGUCCAUCCAACAUCAAAUGAUUCAUAUUUUUCAAAUUUUGGACGGCAUGUUUGUGGACGUGAGAAAAAUCGGCAGGUUUUGUUACGAAGACGAUUUGUAUUGUUACAAUUUGGUGUACCCAAACGAAAGGGCGUUCAGAGAUCGCAACAUAAGUUCCUUGAAGCACAGAGUGUUGACGUUUUUGUACAGGAGGGCCGCUCACAUCAGCAGCACAACCAACAACCCCACAGAGCUAAGAAAGUUCUAUCAUUACUUUGACAACUUUUUGUCAUUGAAGCUGUGGAAAAUGCAGCUGCUGGACGAAGACCACCUGUUGAUUAAGUACGCGAGCGAAGACAUUGUCACUUUGAAAACGCACGAUGUCAACAGCCAGCCGCAAUUUUUCGUUGUCUAUAACAUGAAGGAGAGCAAGGUGUUGGCAAUAUAUGAAAACACCUCCAGAAAACUGCUGGAUUUGUUCGAGAACUUGUGCGAUUCCUUUCGAAACGCCUUCAUCUACAACGAAACGCAAUUCACGUGCAGUCCGUCCAACAAUUUGCACGCCAGAUUGUUGCAACAGCGCUUCAAACAAACCAUAGUGAGCGCCAAAUUCGGCGGAUCCACGGAGGCGACGAAGCGGCUGCUGGGGCAGUUGCCUAUCAGCGCGCAAUCCUACAGCAGCUCCCCCUACCUGGAUUUGUCCCUAUUUUCGUACGACGACAAGUGCGUUUCGGUGAUGGAGCGACCCAAAGCUUCCGGUGAGCAUCCGAUCCGGUUCUACGCGCGCGACUCCGGAUUCCUCCGGUUCAGGAUCUACGCGGGCCAGGUGCGCACGGCGGCGUUGCCAAACCGAAGGCUGGUCGCGUUCACUUUUCACCCCAGCGACCCCUUUGCCAUUUCCGUGCAAAGAACUGAUGCAGAGUACAUUGUUAAUUUUCACAUUAGAUUCGACACUGCCGAUUUGGAAGGCAAGAUUUUUAACGACGAUAAUGUUAUCUAAAGACUGCUGUUUUUGAAAAUUACUACAUUUCUUUUCUAUAGGCACCUACCCAUUCCUAUAGAAGACAAAC